UGCUUAAGCAGCAUUUUCUAACUUUGGAAACAUCGAGGAUUGGUUCUUGCUCUGAACAGAUGCGUUUUUGUAACAAUCGGCAUUUGUAAAGCAAUAUUAAAAUAUCCCUCAGAACGAACGUUAAACCAGUAGCUUUGGUAGCUGAAUUCAGACAACUUGUUAUAAACAGAAACUUACAAAUAUGCCCGGAUUGUGAAGCUUGCAUUAAGCAUUUUGAAAGUAUAAUUUGUUGAAUUAGUGGAGUCAUCAUUAAAUGCCAAAGGAAACUAACAAUCCGUAUAGGACUUGUGAUUGUCGCCUAAAUAGGGACGAGAACAAUCAUGUAGACCCGGCAUAUAAGUACCGGUUUGCUGUUUUUCGUUGGCAUGUUGGUCGGUGCAGAGAGACAGAAGGCAGUAAGCAGCGAAAAUCACAAUCUAAGUUCUUGGGUCGCCCGUUCACCUUCCGAAUGAAACUGAAUUUUGUGCGUUAUGAAGUUGUUGAACCUGUUAACACUAUACAACCACGACUUGUCGUCAGAGCUACUGAUGCCUAUGGAACCAUACUGUUCCAUUGUCAUAUGUGCCUUUCAUGUUAUAUGCUCGUUUAAUAAUAAGGUAAUUUGUA